AUGGCUACGUUCAAACAGCUGGUUCGAUUCGCCGUCGGUGAUCAGACACACUAUGGUGAGCUGAUCAACACCGACGGCAAUAAGUACACGGUGCAGCAGUUCGAUGGUACUCCCUUCGACAAAUUGCUUUUGACAGACAAAACAUACACUGUGACUGAUCUUCUACCGCCCGUCCCGAGUACUCCCCUGGUUAUCUGUAUCGGCCUCAACUACAAACAACACGCGAAGGAGGCCAGUUUGGAUGUGCCGACCUACCCUCCAGUCUUCACCAAACCCGCCGACGCCCUCGCGGGUCCCUUUGAAACCAUCCCCAUCCACCGUGAUGCCCAAUCCCACCUCGACUACGAGGGCGAAUUGACUGUCGUCAUUGGCAAAGAUGCAAAGAAUGUCUCUGCAGAGGAUGCUCUCGACUAUGUUCUCGGAUACACCGCGGGGAAUGAUCUCUCGGCGCGCAACUUCCAGAUGCCGGAGGCGUCGGGGGGUCAAUUCUGCUACGCCAAGUCAUUCGAUAAAUUUGCUCCCAUUGGACAUGUUCUUGUCAGCGCGCAAGAGGUGCAAGACCCGCAGCAGCUGAGCCUGGUCACCAAGGUGAACGGAGUGGUCAAACAGACCACCAAUACCAGUGAUAUGAUUUGGGGUGUGCGCGAAAUCGUUAGUCAUCUGUCGCGCGGAAUGACCCUGAGAAAGGGCACGCUCAUCAUGACUGGCACCCCGCCGGGAGUGGGCUUUUUCCGGAAGGAAUUCUUGCAAGAUGGAGAUGUGGUGGAGGUCAAGUUGGGAGGUGUGGCGAGUGUGAAGAAUAAGAUGAAAUAUCUGUAGUCAGAGAACCGGGAGUUAUAGAUUUUAUGUGUGUAUUUUAAGACUCG